AUGAGUCAAACACGGAAGAAAAAUUCUUCAGAUGGAGAAACUAAACCCCGGACUUCAUUUGUCAACAAAUUCCUCAGGGGCUCAAAACUUAUGUCCUCCAAAGCUGAAAGCAGAAAAGAGAGCAAUGACCUUGCAACAACUGAUUUCCAACCCAGCAACGACGCACAGAAAACAGCCACUAUAGAUACGGCUCAGCCUCUCACUUCAGACGAGGAAUGGGGAUCCAGGAUGGAGAAAAAUGAGCAGUUCCUGCAGAAGCUGGGCAGAACGGCUGUGGACAAGUGUCUAGAUCUGAAUAACUGCAGACUAACGGCAGCGGACGUGAGGGAAGUGGUUGCUUUGCUGCCUUUUCUCCCAGACUUGGAAAAACUGGCUAUUUCCUGGAAUGAUUCUGGAGGUGGAAACCUCCAUUCAAUCACCCAGCAAAUGCAUCUCGUCAGCAAGUUAAAAAUCCUGAGGCUGGGAAGUUGCAGACUUACCACGGAUGAUGUUCGAGCCCUGGGUAUGAUGAAUGCUUCACUGGAAGCAGCUCUGAAGUGUCAAGGGCAAACUAUCUGGGUCACGCCCCCUCGGGUGCUCAUGGAUGAGAGCACAUGGAAGAUGGAAUGCCAUGCUGAGCACUUGCAUAACUUCUGAAAGGCUACACAGCCUGUACCUACUAGCACUGUGGUAAGCCCCAGGAUAGAGAAGGGAACAAGGCUGGCCAGAUAGAUACCUGCUCUCAUGGAAUUUAAAUGGAGAUAAUUUGUCAAAUUUGCUUAC